UGCACCGUGGUUUUGCGUUUGUAUCAAUUCGCAUCAACUCACACAAAACCAAUACCACUGCAGAUGCUCCACUCGUCGAGUAUAAAGAUAUACCGGCAAACAAAAUCGCCCGUCCGUUGUGAUUCACUCGUCGUCGAAUCGGGAACACAAAGUAACCGUCCACCGACAGCAGCACAUCCGCAAGAUCGACAUCAUGGCCGCAGCACAGUUGAUUGGAACAAUACCGGAGUUUUACAGUAGCUUUGACGAUUGGAAUGUGUAUUACGAACGGUUGGACCAGUUCUUUGAGGUGAAUGAGAUCGUGCCGGAAAAGCGUAGCGCAUUUCUGAUCAGUUGCGUCGGCAGCCAAACAUAUAAGACCCUGCGGGAUCUGUGUCACCCGUCGCUACCCAAGGACCGUCCGUUCGACGAGCUCUGUGAGCUGCUCCGCAAACAGUUCAGUCCCCAGGUGGCAAUUUUCCGCGAGCGGACAUUGUUUUACAACGCAACACAGAGCGUCGGGGAAAACGUCACCCAAUGGUACGGACGGUUAAAGAAACUUUCCGUGGACUGUAAGUUCGGUUCCAACCUGGAGGCGAUCCUGUUGGACAAAUUCAUUACCGGACUGCGACCGGGACAGGUGCUGGAUCGGUUGUGUGAGGAAAAUGAAACGCUUCGGCUUGAACAGGCACUUGACAUCGCUAUCAAUAAGGAGUGUGCCGUACGGGAAACAGCCUAUCUAAAUCCGGCCGCAAACCCGCCUGCUACUGAUACCUGUGCACGAUGUACUUGCGGUGGAGCCGUCGCACCGAGCGAGGAUGGAUCGCACUGUGGCGAACAGGCGAAAGGGCGCGGUCAAGGACGAAAUCGGAACCGAAGAAGAAAUGCAGGGCGACGUCAUGGCGACAAGAAAGCAGAAGACGAAAAUCAGUCACAGGAUGGAAAUUGAGAAGGGCGAGGAGUAGUGGGGACUAAACAUUCAGGGUGGGAUAAAGCUAUAAACAACUGUUCGAAUAGGUUGAUAAGAAGAAUCGUGAGAGUAUUUAAUAAAAGCUUAUGAAAAGUAUUUUUAAACAUUAUACAA